AUGCUGCCGGCUCCCGCAGCCAAGCGGCCGCCGCCCCUGCUCUGGCCGCCCCCCGCUGCCGAGCCCCCCGCUCCCCCCUGGGCCUGGGUGCUCCCGGCAGCAGCGGGGCUCGUCCGGGUCGGUGCUGCUGCCUCCGGGGCUCCCCCUCCGCCUCCGCCGCUGCUGCUCCCGGCUCCGCCGCCCGCUCCGGCCGCCGCCGCCGCCCUGCUGCGGGCAGCCCCCGGCUGGUGCGGCCCCUGCGAGCCGCUGCUGCCGCUGCUGGCUGCCGAGCCGCGCUCCGCUGCGCUCCUGCACGGACAGUGGAUAUUUGGAGCUCAUUCCCCAGUCAUUGGAUUUUCACCUUCUUCGAGCAUGGAAUUUGUCCCUGUUUUCCCACCUGUGUACACAUCUACGGUCCCACCUCACACUGCGAAAAACUGGAUCGAUAAAAGGCUCCCCAGUUGCAAAAUAUACCUGAACAAUGCCUUUGCUCUGGAUUCAGCAUGGCUCCAUCCUGAGGACUCAAGGCUCUUCCAGGGCAGUGAGAAGCCGCUGUUAAUGAGCAAUCAGGUCGCUAUGGCUAUAGCCAGGCCAGCUGCUGCCUCCAGGGCUCUCCCCACCGUGGUGCUGGCACCUCAACUGAUACCAGGUGCUUGCCAGAAUAGCCUUAAAGCUGUCGGUGGCAAUCCGACCCUGGCCUUGGCCACCACGGCGAUGGUGUCAAUGGAGCCCGAGCCCCACCAGGGACCCCCGGCGCCAAGCAUCCAACCCUGCCACGUCUUCACCUUCUCCCCUAUCAAGAUCCCAGUUUUGGCUUCGCCUUUUCCAGGUUCUGCCUCCAGAAUGGAUGCUCACGUGGGUCCCUUGAUGCCAACGCAAGUCACCCGUGUAACGGCUGUGUCUGCACCGACGGUGACGUUCAUGGCAACCAACUUGAUGGAUCAGGCCUUAGCAGAUAAUGGCAAGGAAUCCAGUCGAUCCUCCUGCCCACCUGCCUUGAUUCUGCACACGGAGAGGAAGAGCACCCCUGUGCACAGCGCUGGAGAGAAGGAGCAUUCUUUUAAACUAGUAAAUGAGGAUGACAGCUCAUCCAGUGGCAACAGGCCUGUGGCAUCCACUCCAGUGCCGGGAUCACCAUGGUGUGUAGUCUGGACGGGAGAUGACCGGGUCUUCUUCUUCAACCCUACAAUGCAGCUGUCAGUGUGGGAGAAGCCGGUGGACCUGAAGCACCGCGGCGACAUAAACCGGAUCAUCGAGGAUCCUCCUCACAAGCGCAAGCUGGAAGCUGCAGCAACAGACAAAUGUGUUAGUUCUUGCCCAGGGGAUGAAACUGAUGAUCUUAGCAUCAAAACUAAGAGAAAUAAAACAGAAGAUUCCCAAGCUGCUGACCAGGGAAAGGCUGAAACGGAGGAGAAAAAUGAGGAGACAUCAGCACCUCAGGUCACGCCUCCCCUAGAAGAGCGCAUCACUCAUUUCCGAGACAUGCUUCUGGAGAGAGGGGUUUCAGCUUUUUCUACGUGGGAAAAGGAGUUACACAAGAUAGUAUUUGAUCCGCGCUACCUUCUGCUAAAUUCAGAGGAACGUAAGCAGAUAUUUGAACAGUUUGUCAAGACCAGGAUCAGAGAAGAGUACAAAGAGAAGAAAAACAAGUUAUUGUUAGCCAAAGAAGAGUUUAAAAAGCUCCUUGAAGAAUCUAAGGUAUCACCAAGAACAACGUUCAAGGAAUUUGCAGAGAAAUAUGGAAGAGACCAACGGUUCCGGCUCGUGCAGAAGAAGAAGGACCAGGAGCACUUUUUCAAUCAGUUCAUACUUAUUCUUAAAAAGAGGGACAAAGAAAACAGGAUAAGGCUACGGAAAAUGAGAUAAAACCCCCUGAAACUGGCAAUAAAGACACAGGUCCAGGCUGUGACUGCAGUAAGGAGCUCAC